GCCACUACAUCCAUCUCAUUUCCUCAACAUUACACAUUCCUACCUAAGAUGUUGACUAUGUUAAGCUUCCCUCCUCCGUUCGCUCAGUCCAGCCGCGUAAUCGAAGCCAACUCAUACACAUUUGGAAGGUAUCAUGAAGGGCUUGCAUAUAUAUUGCAAUGAAGAAGUUCAGCCUGCAAAAUUCAGUAAUACAUACUAUGAACACGCGAGCUAACUUCUCAAUGGUACAUUUGCCAAGUAUCGUGUUUUUCAACCGUAUGGCCAGAUGAGGAAAGCGAAUCUUGGUGAAGGAGAAGUCUCCUAUGGUAACGUUUCUAUAUUUCUCUGCUAUGAUACGCAUUCUGUAGUUUGCAUUUUUGGUGUUACUGGUUUUCGUUCGUUUUCGCUCAUUUGGUUUCAAACAAUCCGUGUAACGGAUACAUCUCCGUCGUCACCAUGGUUCUGCCAGCUUUCGUAUUCCUUCCACUUUAUAUGUACCCAUACAAUUCGACUUCAUGGAGCACACUUACCACCUCAAUUGUCGCCAAUCCAGAUCUCAAGUUUCAUGUGGUUGUUGCCCCCAAUUUAGCGUUUACGGACCCAGAUGUCAACUAUGUUGCAGGCCUUACAAAUCUAAGUAGCUAUACAAACGUUCUGACUCUUGGCUAUGUCUAUACCUCUUACGGAGAUCGAGAUGUUUUGGAAAUCGAAGCAGAAAUCGAUAAGUAUGUCGGGUGGAAUUCACCCACCGAACUUCCAAUAGGCGGGAUUUUCUUCGAUGAGUCGCCAUCGAACAACUCAACAUUCUCAUACAUGAGUAAUCUUACCACAUACGCGAAAGCAUCAUUAGGAGCUGGCAAAGAUUACAUAUCUCUCAAUCCAGGUGUUGCGGUCGAUGCAUCCUUCUAUACACUGGCUGAUAGCAUCAACGUGUUCGAAGAGUCUUAUGCGAACUUCAAUGUAACUGCAUUGACUAGUUUGGAUAACACCUUACUGGCUAAGUCGACGUAUGCCAUUCAUGAUUUCACUGGAAGUACAACAGAGCAAACUGCUGUCGUGAGUCAGCUUGCAUCUGCAAACCUAGCAGGAAUGUUCAUAACUACACAACCUGGGUACACGGAAUGGUCAAGUUUAUGGUCUUCGUUCUGCUCCGAAGUAAAUACAUUGAAUCUUGGUAAUGGGACCGGAGGUGGUGGUGGAGAAGGUGGAGGAGGUAACGGGGGGCAUGGAGGUGGCAGCGGCGGUGGUGGUGGUGGAAAUAAUGGUGGCCAUGGAGGGGGAGGGGGAGGGGUGAACAAUGGGGGACACGGGGGACACGGAGGUGGAGGAAACAACGGUGGACAUGGAGGGGGUGGAGGUUAUGGUGACGAUGACGAUGAAGAGUGUGAUGACGACGAUGAUGAUGAGGAUGAUGAUGAUGAUGAUGACGAGGAUGAGGAUGAGAAUGAUGAAUGUUGAAGAACUGUACAACUCAUGUUAUCAAGUGAACCGCUGGCUCUUGAUAAUACUUGCUGGCAGUAAUCACACAAUACCUGGUCUUUACAAGCACUUCUACAUGUAUGCAUACAUUCUAUCUGUUUAGAUACUUAAUUCAUUCAAAACUUAUUAAAAGUACUUCAAGGCAUUUCGCACAGCACAACCCAGCAGCACUAUUCAAUCAGCUCAUGCUAUGUCA